AUUGCACAAGUCACGAUUGGUGGGGUUGGUCAUCAGCGCUGCGUCGCCGGUUGAUGAUGUAACAGUCAGCUAAAGCCCUCCAUUGCAUGUGCGACUGUGUAUAUGAAACAUGGCUACUGUACAAGUGAGUGAAGCAGAGAAAGUGUACAUAAUGCAUGGCGUUCGGGAUGAUCUACGAGUUGAUGGAAGGGGAUGCGAGGACUACAGACACAUGGAAAUCGAAACCGACGUGGUGUCGAAUACAGAUGGGUCUGCAAAAGUGACACUGGGGCACACAGCUAUCCUUGUGGGCAUAAAGGCAGAGAUCGGAAAGCCCAAGCCAAUGGUGCCAGAUGAAGGCUAUCUGGAGUUUUUUGUUGAUUGUUCUGCAAAUGCUACUCCAGAGUUUGAGGGCCGUGGUGGGGAGGAGCUGGGGACUGAACUCAGCAACACUCUGUACAAAGUGUUCAACAACAGAAACAGCAUUGACCUGCGAGCACUCUGCAUAAGCCCUGGAGAACACUGCUGGGUGCUGUAUGUUGAUGUACUGUUACUUCAGUGUGAUGGAAACCUGUUUGAUGCCAUCUCUGUGGCAGUUAAGGCAGCACUCUUCAAUACAAGAAUCUCCAAAGUGCACAUCUCGGAGGACGAGGAAGGAGGCAAAGAGAUCGAGCUGUCAGACGACCCCUACGACUGCAUGAGGCUGAAUGUGGAAAAUGUGCCCUGCAUCGUGACUCUGUGCAAGGUGGGUCACAGGCACGUGGUGGAUGCGACUCUGCUGGAGAAGGCUUGCUCAGUGGCCAGCCUCUUGAUCUCAGUCACACACCGGGGGACGAUCACCUGCGUCAGGAAGGUGGGAGGGGGGAGCCUGGACCCAGAGAGCAUUUUCCAGAUGAUGGAGACAGGGAAGCGGGUGGGCAAGGCACUGCACGCCCCUCUCAUGGAGGUCCUGCAGAAGGAGGAAAGUCUAGGCGAUAAGAGACAGAAAGUGGGCUUCCUUGGAUGAGCUUCCAGUUUUGCCAUUUUUGUACUUGUUGCCUUUUCUAAUAAAGUUUUUUUGUUUUGUUUGUUUCUUUACAUCUGUUGUUUGUCUGGUUCCUAACGUUGCAGAAACAUGCACACUUCUCUCCAGCUAGGAGUUGAGCUGUGAGCACAUGUGGCAAAAAUAAAGUUUGAGUGGGAUGUUUUGUUAUUCCGUAGCUAUGGAGACAAAUGGUCGGUUUCAAUGUGGAAAUGGCCUUUGCAUUUCUAAACUGCCCCUGAAUAUGUGACUUACUGUUACAUAAAGUGUUCACAGUACUGAAUAAAAAGAAACUGGGUAAGAUUUACAAAUAAACUAUUGUUACUGUAAUAUCAGCUGUAAUUACAGACUUUCAGUCAGUAUUCCCAGAGUAUUCAUGUCUAUUUUGUUCUUUUUGGCAACCAUUUGUUUUUUUCUGAUAAAUUAUAUUUUUUACUUGAGCCUGUCUCACAAAAAGUGCAUUAUUUGUAGCUUUUGUAGCCAGUAAUUGCAUGCUUUUAUAAUCCAAGCAGUGAUGUAAAGUCAUAAUUUAUACAGUCAAUUUUCCGUA